AUGAAGCACCUGCACAACUAUGUGCUAAAAUGGGCUGCGCCUGAGAAGUUUGGCUUUGUUUUCUGGGUCACUAUUCCUCGUCAAUUCAGCAUCGAGCGUGUGCAAGAUGCUGUCGCUGCUGCACUGAAGUGUGAUCUCCACAGUGAUGAUGACUUGAAUGUAAGGGCAAAAACACAAUCAGAUAUGCUUGCACGGCUUGGCAGUUUUGUGCUUUUCCUAGAUAAUGUCCCAGAAGCCCGUGUUUCAGAUCUGGAUCGGAUAGGAAUUCCAGUCCCUGCAGCAGAGAGUAAGAGCAAAGUAGUUAUAGCUAUGAGGUUGACCUAUGUUUCUGAAAUGUUGGAUAGUUACGGAACUGUGAAACUUGAUCUUUUGUUGGAUGAAGAAGCGUGUGAGUUGCUUAUCAAUGGAGCUAGCUUUAGCGGGAGAAUGAGAUGUGACGCCAUGCUUAAUAGCAUUGCUGGCUUACUUGCAAAGCAGUGUCUUUGUGGCGACGGGGCGUUGAGAGAAGAGCUGGAGUUGGAGAGAAGUCAGAGUCUUGAGCAUACUGUAAUGGAGGAUGUAAAAUGA